GCCCUCACACUCAUUUGGUACCUUCUAAGUCCCCUGGAUGUCAUCAGGACCCCAAUGUUUCCUAAGAUUGACCGAAACCCAAAACCGUAUGCAAUUCACCUUGUUCAUGAUACACUGGCUCGAUCUAUUACGUUGUUGAAGAGUGUGUUAUACUACCGGGGAAGUCUCAGAUCUAAGAGGCCGGAAUGUUAUCUUCGACGCAUCCCGUCACCACAUCUGUGUGCCAAACAACGUGUGAUAGAGCGAAUAGCUAUUCACUUACAUCUCGUAGUUGAACAAAGACUUUUGUCCGCGGCAUAUUCCUACGUCAGCCAAUGGAGGGUAGCUCAGUUCAACUGGACCGUUUACGAGUUGGAUCCUUACUUGCCUCGAGUUAAAUGGAUCUCGAAUAAGCACCGUUCAGGGGUGGCUGCUCUUUCAAAGAUGCUCAUCCCCGAUGUGCUCCCCACAAACGUGACCAAGGCAAUAGUCCUGGAUACGGACAUUCUCCUCAACGCGGAUAUUUUGGAACUAUGGAAGUUGUUCGAUAACUUCGAUCAGCAUCAGAUUUUUGGAAUGGCAUGGGAAUUUGACUCAGUCGAUGCCAAGUGCAAUAAAAUCCGAAUCCCGCAAAUGAUACAAAGCGACUCUACACAUUCCGCAACAGAUCUCCCUUUUCAAGAGACGCAAAGCGAAUUUCCAAGAACAACACAUACUACUCGCAAGCCCCCAUCAGUGGAAACUGUUGUUGUCAGAUCUCUGUCCAUCGACAAGUUUGGCGGGAGAGACCCCACGGAUGAUACAACAGUAUCCUCUAGUAUAGUUCAAUGGCUUGCUGAGAAAAAUGGGGUCAAUUCAGGCGUAGUUCUAAUGCAUUUAUCUCGAAUGCGGAAGGCCAAAUGGUCGACGUUGUUUGAGUGGGCGGUCCACAAAGUGCUCCUGAUUGACGGAACUCUGCUAGUUGGAGAACAGAUACAAACAGGCAUCUUAACAAAGGCACAUCACGGUCAGUACAGCAACAAACACAGGCACAUCCUAAUCAAUGUAUACGCGAUCGCCAGUACGCGCGCACAGAACCAACACGCCCACACACGCUGGUCGCAUCCGAUUUCCUCUGUCAUUCACAUAUGUUUUCAUGGAAAGUCAGCAUUGAAUGUUCUUAUUCAGAGGCGACCAGAAUUAUACUACCGUAUUCCGUGCGAAUGGAACCUACAGCUCUUCCCUGAAGCUGCACAGAUUUUCUGCCCCGUAAUAUGGACAGACAGACUCUCUGAGGAGGCCAUUUGCUCAGAGUACGAAUCGCCAAAACAUGGCGACCUCGCUCAUCCGGGCAUACCGAAUUUGGUACACUGCAACUUCUCACCUGGAAAACCGGAGAGUGGCGGUAAUGCACCCUCGUCAUUUCGAGCUUCGUUGAAUGCAUCGAAGGCACAGACAAGUAAGGCAUUGCGUUGUUCAGAUCAAUAG